AAUCAAUUCAGUCCCUUCAUUUGUCACGAGAGAAAUGGGUGGGUUUAUUGCUUGCGUUUAGAUGCGAUCUUGUUUUUAUUUGCGCAGAAGUGUUUGGUACGUGACAAUGUGCUCAAAUUUAAAUAUUUCGUUCGUUUAAUGUAUUGAGUGAUAUUAUAAACGAAUGUGUAUGAAUUUUUACUUUAGUGCGACAUAAGUGAUUGUGUUCACAAUGCCGGGUCUUAUUGGUAUCAGUGAAUUUAUUGAGGAAACUCGAGAUGACUACAGUUCCCCAACUACAUCAACAUUUGUCUCGCGUAUGCCACAAUGCCGGCAAACAAUCAACGCCUUAGAGGAGACGUUGGAUUUCGACCGAGAUGGCCUCACAAAACUCAAGAAGGCAAUUAAGGCAAUUCACAAUUCUGGAAAUGCUCACGUGGAUAACGAGAUGUAUCUGGCCCGAGCUCUGGAGCGCCUUGGAGGGAACGCCCUCAACAAAGAUUCCGAGCCGGACAUCGCAGCGGCUUUCCUCAAGUUUGCCGUCGUCACCAAAGAAUUGUCAGCUCUUAUGAAGACGCUGAUGCAGAACAUAAACAACAUUGUUAUGUUCCCUGUAGACAGCCUCCUCAAAGGUGACCUUAGAGGAGUAAAGGGCGAUCUCAAAAGGCCUUUUGAUAAAGCAUCCAAAGACUACGAGUCUAAGUACCUGAAGAUAGAAAAAGAAAAGAAAUCACAAGCAAAAGAGGCUGGCCUCAUACGAAGCGAAGUUACGCCAGCAGAGAUAGCAGACGAAAUGGAAAAGGAGAGGAGAUUAUUCCAACUACAAAUGUGUGAGUACCUGAUAAAGUUUAACGAGAUCAAAACGAAGAAGGGAAUCGAAUUGCUGCAGCAUUUGGUGGAGUAUUACCAUGCGCAGACUAAUUACUUCCAAGAUGGACUAAAGACGAUCGAACAUUUCGGUGUCUAUGUGGCAGAUUUAAGCGUACAACUGCAGAAGAUAAGGCAACAACAAGACGACGAGAGACGACGGCUGCUCGAACUCAGGAAUAUGUUGAGGGCGGCCGCGCCGCAAGACAGAGAGGUGGCGUCAUCAGUAGGAGGAUACUCUCUCCAUCAACUCCAGGGGGACAAACAGCACGGGGUGACUCGGAGUGGUUAUCUCCUUAAAAAGUCGGAGGGGAAGGUGCGCAGGGUAUGGCAGAAGAGGCGUUGCAGGGUCACAGCUGAAGGGUUCCUGGAUAUAUUUCACGCUGAUGAGAACAAACCUCCAGCAAGAGUGAACCUACUCACGUGUCAGAUCAAAGUAGCAACGGACGAUAAGAGGGCGUUUGAUCUAGUCUCAUACAACCGUACGUACCACUUCCAAGCUGAUGAUGAAAACGAACAGCGUGCGUGGACGUCGGUUCUCAUCAAUUGCAAAGAAGGUGCUCUGAUGAGGGCGUUUCACCAACAAGCGGGCGAGAGUAACGACUCGGGCCAUUCGCUCCUGGACCUGCAGCGGUCCAUCAUCAGGGCCGUCAGGGCGAUGCCAGGAAACCAGGUCUGCGCGGACUGUGGGUCUACGAAUGAUCCCACAUGGUUGUCAACAAACUUCGGAAUAAUAGUUUGCAUAGAAUGCUCUGGCAGCCAUCGGGAAUUAGGUGUGCAUAUAUCGAGGAUUCAGUCGCUGACAUUGGACAGACUCAGCACGUCGCAAUUGUUAAUAGCGAGGCACAUGGGCAACCACAUGUUUAACGAGGUCAUGGAGAAUACAUUGGACGAAAGGGAGAAACUUACGCCCGAGAGUACAAUGGAGGAACGCCUAAGGUUUAUAAGGGAGAAGUACGUUUACCGAGCGUACGCCGCGCAGACGUGUUGCGACGCGGCCGAGAGGCUGUCGGAGGUGGAGCACGCGGUGAACAACGGCCACUUGCAGAACUUGCUGCAGGCGUACGCGGAGGGCGCCGACUUGGCGGCUACACUGCCGUGCUCGGAUUGCGGCGAAACCGCGCUCCACCUGGCCAUAUCACGGGAGUUGGGAGACGGGUCCUGCCUCCACAUAGUCGAUUUUCUAGUCCAAAACGGCGGGUCUCAGCUCCUGGACAAGCCGACAUCGUCGGGCAUGACCGCUUUACAUCUGUGCGCUGCGACGGACAGGACAGAGCCAAUGAAGUUACUGUUGAAGGCGGGCGCCGAUUGGUCGUUAAAGGACGGCAGUGGGAGGAGUGCGUUGCAAAUAGCAAAGCAAAUGGGACACCACGCGUGCCAGGAAUUGUUGGAAAGUGUGGAUAAGAGGGAAAAGAGUAUAUUCGAAAAUAUAAACAUCGAUUGGAAUCUAUCACACGACGACGGCUCUACUGACUUUUCAGAUGACGACACCGUUAUUGAUGAAAGGCAAAAUGGAAGCGUGACACCCGAAAAGAAAUGUCCCCGUUCGCGUCCGCCAUCUUACGCCGGCGGCGUUGUCGGCGCUAUACCCGGGAGCGACCGAAUCAUUACCGGCAGCGACCGAACGAUUACCGGUAGCGAUCGAACGAUUACAGGCAGUGAUCGAACGAUCACUAGUGUUACUAACAGCGGCGGCGAUUCACCAGUUCUCAGAUCGAGGUCAUCGACAUGCGACUCCUUACAUCACCCUCCUACCGCGCAAAUAAGAAAACCUAACGUUUAUAACAUUGGCAGUUUAAAAAAGCGUGUGGCGCCAUUGCCGCCGUCUGCGCCGCAUUCCACGCACACGCUGCCGCACGCGCCGCACUCGCGGGCCGCAGCCUCGCCUUCGGCCGCAGGCGGGAGCUGCGCCGCGAAGCACCGGCCGGCCGCGCCGCCGCCCACGCCGCCCGCGCCCGCGCUCAACGGCGACCCCACGCCGCCGCCCCGGAAGGAAUGUUCUAGUCAGGACUCGUCGCUGGAGUUGUGCGACAUGUCGGACGCGUGCGCCGACGACAGCCGGAUACACUCGGCGUUGUCGUGCGACAGCUCGCGCUCGCGGGAACGGUCGCGUCGCAGCGACAGCCGCUCGCUAGACGUGUCCGACACGUCUAGUGUACACUCGAGGUCGCCGUCUGCUUCUAUCACUAUGAUGGGCGGUUUGAGGCGGUGUAGGGCGCUGUACGAUUGCUCAGCGGACAAUGAGGACGAACUGUCAUUCCGCGAGGGCGAGGUCAUCGUCGUCAUCAACGAACGCACGGAGGACGACAACUGGAUGGAGGGACAAGUCGAAGGCACCGUCCGCAGGGGGAUGUUCCCCGUCUCUUUCGUUCACAUGCUACCGGACUAGAAUGGAAUGAAACAGCGAUAGCAACAAGGAACGUAGGUCAGUAUCCAGUGUUCAGAGAAUCACUAAGCGUUAAGCGCGGUAUUCGAAAUAAGAAUCGAUCUCUGUGUGUAAGAUAUAAAGUAUUGAGGUUUCUUUGUAUCAAUGAGCGUAUCAGUUACGUUUGGAAUAAUAGAUUAAAAAAUUGAUGUUUAGAUCCAUAGUAAUAAAAUUACAAAUUGGAUUCGCAUGUUUGCUCUUAAACAUUUCUCGUAUAGUGCAAGCAGUAUUUAUUUACUUUGGCCUAAUGUCUUGGUAAUUAUGAGCUUACUUGUAAGACUUCACAUGUUAUACACUGCGAAUUGUUAUUGUAUAAUUUGUUGUCAGUCUGUCAACAUGCAGAUUUACAAUUGACUUUUAGCUUUCUGGUGUAAAUAAACUGCAACUAUGUAUCAGAAUAUUUGAUUGGCCACAAUUUUCUAUAUUAUUCUUAUAACUUUAUCUACGGCUUAGUACAGUCUCUAUAAUAUUAAAAGUGUGAUAUAACGACCACAUCAUGUUAUUGUUUUAGACUUAAAUUUUAAUACUCACACAUUUUAACCAUUCCUAUUUUGGAAGUCAAUUUUAUAUAGCAAUGUUUCAACCAUUACAUGUUAUAGUAUCUAUAGCGAUACGUGGGACAAGUCUGUCGGUAGGGAAAUCUAUUCUUCAAUGAACUAGAACCAGCAAUGAAAGAAAAAAACAUUGCUAAAAAAUAAGUGUUUUAGCCGACUGUUUCAAGUUUUAGCAAAAUGCCCUGUUGCUAUUUUGCAAAGUUUUUCAAAGUGUCAUCAGCAGCAAGGCUAAGAAAUUAUAACACCAAUAUGGUAAGGUCUGCCAAUUUAGAUAUAGUCCGUCCCGUCGAGGAUUUUGAUUCAAAUUUUAAUCAUACCCAUGAUAAUAUAAUUUUUGCAUGUUCAAUCAUUGUUGCGUGUCGUAUACUUCGAGUCGUAUAAGUAAAUGUUCAAUUUGGUGUCUUUAAAAUUACUGAACUAUAAUUAUUGUAAAAUUAUACUGAUAAUAAUUAAGACUGUUUUGUGUCUCAAUUAUUAUUUCUUUAUAUGCUAUUACUCUGGGCUCUCUUCUGAUAAACAUAUGCUUAUAUUAUCUCUGUAUAAUGUAAUAGUCAAACCAUGGUGGACACAACCGUGGUAAAAGCCAGAGUUAUGCUAAUUACAUUUGUUAUUAAAGCUUUGUAUUGAUAAAAAGCAUUUUUCAAUUAAAAUUAUUAGUCCAUAUCAAAUUCAAACAAACCGAUAUUCAUUCAUAAUUUUUUUAUGUAUUAUAUAAUGUAGGUUGGUAAUGUAAUAAUAUUGCUCAAUUAUUUUCUGAAAUGAUUGCUCCAAUAAAAGGCGUAGAUUCAAAUAAAUAUUUUAUGCUCAUAUAAGUAAAUUUUGUUAUAUUAUUAAAUCAGAAAAAAUCAAAGCUCAAUAAAUAAGUAACAAAUAAAAGUCGAAGAUCUUCGUAUUACUUAAUUAAAAUAUGCUAUGUUUGAUUCAAACAUCUGUGGGCGACGAAAUUUCCUAUCGGUGGUGGGAACUAACUUAUGGUUGAAAAAAGUGUAUUACACUAACAAUAUUUGAAUCAAAAGCCACUUCUCUGACCGCCAUUAGUAUGCUUUUAGCCCUUUGAUUAUAUGGCCAAAUACAAUUGCAGUAGUAAGUACGGUGUGCUCGGGAGCUAGCUGUCGCAACUCUCCUUGAUCGGUGUAGGGUAGGUGACCCAGGUAUCUCCUGUGUAUACUGUACAAAACAAAGUCGUUCAAAAUGAGGAUUCAGUUUCAAUUUUAAAUGUCCCAUAAGUUGGUUCAGGAAAUCCAUUCGUUUCCCCAUUAUCAUUGUACCUACAGUAAAAGCAAUUUGCCAAAAUUUAAUGUGAUCAGUAGUGAAAAAAAUAUAUUAACAAACAAACAAACUAUUGGACCAGUAACUGUUUGAUUGUUGUAGUCUGUUCUCGUAGAAGAUAUUGACGUGUCUUAGAUUGUUGGUGCAUGCUGUAUAGAAGUUACGGGGAAGACCAUAGGUGUAUGUCAUUGUCGAUUAAAAUUUGCUUACAGAUUUUGUGAUAAGUAAGCUUAUCCAGAAACAAAUUAAAAUAGUUCUGGUACUACAAUUAUGUAAGUACAUAUAAAUCAACAAAACGAUUGUAGAGGAAAGUUAUGAGUUUUACCUCAAUUUUAAUACUAGUCAACGUUAAAGUCCACCAACUAUCCAGUAUGCGGUAUCCUUAUGACGUCAAAAAAAAAUAUGUAAACUUAUUUAGGUACGUACCUAUGGACUUUCCCAGGUUCAGAUCUUUGAUACCUGUUGUUACAUAUAAAAUUUUAACAGUUCAUGUGAAUAGAUCGAUGGAUAUAAUCAGUCAGUUGUAGAUGUUAACAGUAGUUUUCGCGUUUAUAUAGCAAGUUGUAAUAAUUUUCUCUAAAAUGUUAUAUAAUGUAUAUAGUUGUUCAAGUCUUUUCUACACAUUCCCGAUGUCAUAGCCAAUUUUAUAAUAAUUUAGUACCUACGGUACGGCUCGGUUUAUUGGUUUUUGCAAUACUAUGAGAUUGGGCGAACAUUAAUUCUUGUAUAUGUAAAUGGUCACUAGCAACGCCGUUUGAAUGCGAGCCCGCGCAGGUUAUGAUAUACUAGAAACUUAGAACUAAGUCGCUCUGAACGCAGGCUCGCAAUUCCCUACAAUAAUUGUGGCCGUGUUUGCGCAAGCGCAGAGGAGCGCAGCGCGUCGGGAGUCGAUUUAGGCUUUACGCUCGCGUUACAAUGGCUUUGGAACCGCGUUCAGUAUGCCCACUCCCGCGCUGCUACUGACCCGUGUUUGGAAACGACAAAGGUCAUAAGCACAAUGCACUCAGAGCAACCACCAUAACCGAAACUGACCUAGGUCCCCUGUCAACAGGGUCACCAUUGUAUGUCACGGCAGUUGUUGCUUAUAAUCAUGGAUAAUGAUCAUAGGAGGACUUCCGGCUC